CUAGUUCUCAUUUAGGUGAAGCUUCCUGGCAUUAGGGUAUGUCGGAGGACUGAGCGCGCUGAAUUCUAGGAUAUGACAGGACGACUAUCUGGCGGCUAGUUGAGAUUCGAUCUAGCCAUGGCUGCCACGGGUGGAGGGAAAAUUAGAAGCAGAAGAUAUCAUAUCGCUUCUAAACCUUACGCCAAAAGCAAACAGCAGCAGUCGGGCCUGAUUAGUCGAGUGACAGACACAGUCAAGAGCAUCGUUCCUUCCUGGAUGCAGAAAUACUUCACAAACGGGGAGGCUACAGAAGGGGGAGGGGCCAUGUUGGGGGAGGAGCCGAACAGUCAGGCCCCUCCUAAUGGCAGUGAGGAGGUAGACCCCCUUCCUGAUGGACGGGACUCUGCGGAGCCCGCUACCAGUAAUACAGAGCCUUCGACAAGCAGGGUAUCCCUGAACUUCCAGGAUGUUCUGUCGAGGCCCCCCCUCAAUCGCUCCCACCUCCAUUUCCCCUCCCUGGACUCCACCCCGGCCCUGGGGAGCCCAAGCUCCCUUUUCUCCCAGCCCUCCACCUCCUCCGCCCCCUUCGCUGGGGGCCCCUUCGCUGGGGCGUCGACAAGCUUCUCCCUAGUCAAGGAGCUCAAGGACAAUAGCUCCCACCACGAGGAUGACAAUAUCUCCACCACCAGUGGCUUCUCAUCACGCGCAUCAGAAAAAGAAGUACCAAACUUUAAGACCACGUCGCUACCCCAGCUCUGUUCUCCGGAGAUGGACCGGCCCCAGCAGUCCCAGUCCAGUCUCAAGAAACCUGCAUUCAACCUGUCUGUCUUUGGGACUUCCUCCGCUGUGAGUGUCAGUCAGUCAAGUCAGUCCUCCACUUCCACGUUGAACAGUUCAGUGCUGAACUCCAGUCAGUUGGGGGAUUCCCCCUUCUACCCAGGGAAGACUACCUACGGGGGAGCAGCUGCUGUUAGAACAGCCCGCUCACGCACAGCCACACCUUACCAGGCUCCAUUGCGGAGACAGAUCAAGGCCAAGCCUGCUGGGGCUCCGCCCUGUGGGGUGACCAGCGCUACUGCCCGACGCAUCUUACAGUCCCUGGAGCGCAUGUCCAGCCCCCUCGCUGAUGCCAAGAGAAUCCCCUCUACGGUGUCCUCUCCCUUGUCAAAAUUCCCUGAUGGCAGCACUCUGGACCUUUCACAUUUCCAGGCCCCCAAAAAACGGCUGGACUCUCCCCUCCCCCCAGUCCAGAAGUUGGUUAUCCCGGCUGCAGCGUUGGUGUCUGGGAGCCGCUCAAUGUCCUUCAGGCCCUCUCUGACCCCCGGGGGCCUGGCCCAGACCCCCGUAGGCACGCCCACAAGACAAUCCCCUCUGAUUCCUGAAGCAGUGGCAGAUCCUUGUCAAAGCACAAGCAGCAGCAGCCUGCCCACCUACCCUCUGUCCAGCACUCCUGCAACCAGCAGCACAGGGUCAGGAGGAGGGAAGAUGAAGAGGGAGAGGACCAGCACAAGACCCUCGUCCAAACGACCUGAAGACGAGAUUGCUGAGCUACCGGCCCUGCCGGCCAACACCUCAAUCGGUCUGCCCAGCUUCAGCUUCCCCAACCCCAAGCCUGUUGUCACUACCACACCCGUCCUGGUGGAGCCCGUCACUAACGAGGUGCCACUGACUACAGCACCCUCCACCCCUCCCUCCACACCUUUCACUUUCUCCUCCCCUAUUGUCAUGACAACUGCUGCUAGCCCACCAUCCUUUUCCCCGUCUUCUGGAUUUACCUUCAGUGCACCUGUAGUGAAAACGGGUCUGUCACUAUCCAACGGGAAGAUGGUCACCCCAGUAGUGGCAGCAGUGAAGCAUGCUGCCAGUGAGAGCAUGGAGGAGUUUGAAGGGCCAUUUAAACCAGCCAAGAUGUUGAAACAGGGCAGUGUGCUGGAGCUCCUCAAAGGACCUGGGUUUGCCGUUCCUGUUACUCAGACCUCUCCUGUCCCCAAAGCCCCCCAGGAGACCCCAGUCAUGUCCACUGCCCCCUCCCUUGGGGACUUGUUCAAAGCGCCAACAGGCUCCUGGGACUGUGACGUCUGCAUGGUUAGGAACAAACCCACUGCCACAAAGUGUGUGGCCUGUAUGACCCCACAUCCAAACUCUACUUUAGCGAAGACUGACAGUGAACACUUCACAACGUUGUCCGGGCUGGAGGGUUCCACCACUACUACCGCUGCUGGUUUUGGAGCCCUGUUCACAAAGUCUGCGGGAAGCUGGGACUGUGACACUUGUCUGGUUCAGAACAAGCCUCAAGCAGUCAAAUGUGUAGCUUGUGAGACAGCCAAGCCUGGGACUGGAGUUAAAGCCACACUGACUCUGCAUGCCUUCUCGGAGGCUAAGACUCUGCCCGCUGCUGCCCCCUUCUUGGGCUUCGGGGACAAGUUUAAGAAGCCGGAGGGAGCGUGGGAGUGUGACAUGUGCAUGGUGCAGAACAAGGCGCAGGACAUCAAGUGUGUUUCCUGUAUGAGCACUAAGCCAGGAGUGACGGCAGCGACUCCGUCUCUAACUCCCGCCCCUGUCAGCAUCACUCCUCUACUAGGCUUUGGGGCCCAGUUCAAGAAGCCAGAUGGAGCGUGGGAGUGUGACGUGUGCUGUGUUCAGAACAAGGGAGUAGACCAGGCGUGUGUGGCCUGUCAGACCCCCAAGCCUGGGGCUUUAGUAGAGCCUAAAGCAUUCGGUUCCUCGUCAUUUGGUAUCCAGUCCUUGUCUGACACCUGCUCAGGGGGAUUCAAGUUUGGCAUGGGGGUGUCAUCGGACUCGGCCUCUGGUUCUGGGGGCUUCAAAUUCGGCGGCACCCUCUCUGACUCCUCUUCAGGGGGCUUCAAAUUCGGUGCAGCUGCCUCAUCAGACACCACCUCAACAGACACCAGCAGCUCUGCAGGCUUCAAAUUCGGCAGCUCCACAGAGGGCUUCAAAUUUGGAGCAUCUACUGCUUCCACCCCUGCAGCGGACGAGGGGAGGAAGGCUGAAGCCCUGAGUAUGGGUGCCGGGUUCAAAUUUGGCAUCAGCGGUGGGAUCACGUUCGGCACUACAUCAGCUGCUAGCACGGAGAGCAAACCCUCGGACGGAAGGUUCUCCUUUGGACUAUCAAAACCGACAACCACCACCUCUACUUUAAGCCUUCCUGUCUCUACAGAGAACGACAGUGGAGCUUCUACCGAAACCACCACAACAGCAUCAGCUCCUAUUUUUGGGAAGCUGGCUGAGCCUCCUACCCUGGCCACACCACUAGGGGGCAGCAUAUUUGAGGAAUUGCUAGAGAAAGACAAGGACCCUUUCACCUUUGGGAAGCCUGAGAAGGAGGCCUCUAUGGGGUCUGGGUUCCUGUUCAGUGCUGCUAGUAAAGGGGCGGAGGCAUCGGCUCCCUCUGGAGGCUUUUCCUUCUUUAUGGUAGAUCCAUCUGCAGACCAGCCCAAAGCACCUACCUUCACAUUUGGGAAGCUGGCAGACAGCGAGACCCCAGCAGCAAAAGCCCCUAAGCCCUCAUUCAGCUUUGGGCAAAGCGCUACAGAUGCUGCAGCCUCAAAGCCAGUGUUUGGGUUUAUGUCAACCACCACCACCUCUACUUCCACCACCCCUGCCCCCAGGCUGUUUGGGCCCACCAGCAGCACUACCCCAGCCCCUAUCCCAGACCCCAGUACCUUCCUGUUUGGGCAGAGUGCCUCCAGUGAGGCCACCCCAGCCAAGUCCUUCUUGUUUGGGCAGAGCCAGGACAGCCUGCCUGCCCCUGCAGCUUCCCUGAACCCUGGCCCGGCUCAACCAUUCCUGUUUGGGUCUGGACCUAACACUGCUGCUCCCUCCUUCGCUUUUGGAGCGGCACCGCUCUCCACUGCCUUAACUACAGCUCCAUCAGCAGCCCCUGCUCAGUUUGUAUUCAGCCCUGCCUCCUCCUCUGGCUUUGGGUCGGGACAAGCUCCUACCUUUGGUCAGGGUACCUCCCAGCCCAAUGCCCCUGCGUUUGGUUCUCCCGCCCCGUCCCCCUUCUCUGCCACGGCCUCCCAGCCCCCAGCCUUCGGGGGGAAGGCCAACUCUGUCCCUGUGUUCGACCACCAAGCCAACUCCACGCCCGCUUUUGGCUCAUCCACCCCCGCCGCACCAGGUGGAGGUUUCCAGUUUGGAGGAGUCGGUGCGUUCGGCACGUCCAGUAACAGCACGGGGGUGUUUGCUUUCGGAGGGGUACCAGGAGGGUCCCCCGCCUCUUCUGCCACGCCCUCCAUGGCACCCCAACCCAGUGCACCUGGAGGUGGCUUUAACUUUAUUGGGUCAACAAAGAGCACCACCUUCACUGCAGCCCCUGCAGGACAGAACUCAAUCGCUAGACGCAAGAUCAAAACAGCAGUCCGGCGUAAGAAGUAAAACAUCCAUCGGACUAGACUUGACCCUUUAAGCAUAGACAGGACUACUUCCUCUGGACAAACACUGAACUACUUAGCAUGUAAAAGAGCUCUGGUGAAGCCCCCAUUUGGAGAUGUAUGGGUGAUACUCUGAUGGGGGGGGGGGGUAGACCCCAGAGCAACUAGAGAGCGGGACCCUUGUACAGAGCAGGUGUCAGGCUUAAAAAAUAAACUGCAAAUGAACCUACAGUAUGAUGGCGACAACAACACAAUCAAGCGAGAAACUUCUGCUUAACAACACCUCCAAAUGUUGGCUAGAACAUUGUCGUGACUUUUUGUAAUUAAAAUACAAAUGCAAAAACUGAAAUUGAAAGUUGACAGUGUAAAAAUCGUACUGUUAAGUUGAUUAGUAUGGGUGAUCAGGUUAUGAACUGCGAAAGUUAAUGCAGAGAUUAAGAACUGUGGUGCGAAUUCCAAAUGGCACCCUACUCCCUAUGUAGUGAACUUUAGUUUAACUUGUGAAUUUGAAGCAGUGCACAUCAUUGGGUCGGGAAUAGGGUACUAUUUGAGGCGUAGACAGUGUCAAUGGCGUGUAAGCUUACAGUACAGUUUUCUGUGUACUGAAUGACGCGUGCUUGUUUUCUGUAUACAGAUUUGAGGUGUGUGUGUGUAAACUGGACGAAAGUGUCGUGUGGUAGUGGCUGGUUGAGGCUGUCGGACAGUUGUAGGUGAGAAGCUUAUGAAUGUGUUUAAAUGGAGGCAGAGGAGAGUGGGGAAGAGAGGACCGUUACCCCAGCACUGUGGAGAUUGGGGCUGGAGACCGACUCCUGAAAUAUCAUCCUUAGGACUUUGUAAAUCUGUAGUUCCACAUUCGUUCACUGUUCUUACUACUUUUUUAAUCCCUUUGUCGCUCCAUCUCCUUUAUUCUCAUGUUUUCUCUUGUGCCCUCUUUCUCUUCCCUUUUCUUAUUCACGUUCUCUCCCUUCACCACCUCCUGCCGCUCUCUUAAUUGGCCUUUGAACAUUAUAACCUGUAAAUAGUAACUUGCUUCUUUUUUUUAUCUGUGAAGUUGAAUUUGUGUGUUAAACCAACUCUACAUUCAGCAUUUUGUCAUUAGAAUUUAUUAUGUAAAUCCCUAUAUUCAAAGUUGCCUGAAAUCCAUUAAAAAAAUAAAUGCAUAUUGGGAUCCUUUGAAGACUAAAGGUAUAUUGGCAUUUCUGAUCCACUUUUGUUUGGACCAAAACCAGUAUUGUACAAAGUAUUAGUAUAUAUUUUUAUAUUGCUUGUUUAAAUGGACUAGGGUGACUUUGGAUAAUAAGGUAGUCGAUUUAAUUUUAAAGCCAUGAUUGUUACUGGAUUAGUAAUAAAAAUAAGAUCCAUGGGUAAUUGCCGUCAAUAAAACUAUAAUAUGUAAUUAACA